AUGAUUGAAAUAUCUGAUAAUCUGUUGAUGAAUAGUAUUUAUCUGAGUGAAAAUUUAAACACUGAAGAAAUAUCAGCUGCAUAAUACAUCGAAAAAAUAAGAAGAACAUGUAUAUCUCAUUUAAUAAUCAUUUUUAUAAAAUUGUCUAAAUUAUUAUAGUCAUUAAAUCUUGCUUAAAAAACUCCAAAUUGA